AUGUUUUUCUUCUUAGAUUUUGUUGUAUCGGCAAUAAAUUCUAAGGGUAACCAUCUUUUGAACACCUAUUGCCAUGAUUUUAUUGCCGAUGCUGAAAAAGGAAAAUUUGGUUACAUUAUUGGUCUUAAUCAAAUUAUUAGUGAAUGUAUUAACAUUUUACUACGACAAACAAAAAAUAGUGUUCUUUUAAUUGGAGCACCAGGUGUUGGAAAAAAAGCUAUUGUUAAAAGUUUAGCACAUCGUAUUGUUCAUCAAAAUGUCCAUCAUGACGUAUCGAAGCAUUUAUUUGCAUUAAAUAUGGAAGCACUAACUGGUAAAGCUUAA